GAUUUAAUUCCACUGGCUUAGGAGCCUCUGCAGAGAGAGCGCACACGAGAUGGACAUGGACAAAUGGAUUCACUUAGAGCUGCGGAGCGGGACGCCCUCUGAUGUGAAAGAGCUUGUCCUGGACAACUGUCGGUCUAGAGGCAAAAUCGAAGGCCUCACAGAUGAAUUUGAAGAACUGGAGUUCUUAAAUACAAUCAACAUGAACUUCACCUCAGUCACAAACUUACCAAAGUUAAACAAACUUAAGAAGCUUGAACUAAGCGAUAACAGAAUCGCAGGAGGCCUGGAAGUAUUGGCAAAAAAAGUUCAACAAAAUAGAGACCUCAGCACAAUAGAGCCACUGAAAAAGUUAGAAAACCUCAAGACAGACCUUUUCAGUUAUGAGGUAACCAACCUGAAUGACUAUGGAUAA